AUUUUCACCAGCCUUGUGGCGCUGUUACAAAGCCUAAUUCCAAUUUUACCCCUUUCAAUAGAAAUACAGAUACAGAUACCAAUUACCGUGCUCGACAUUCCUUCAGUGGGCGAAAACCCACGGAAGCGACGCUUAAAAGCGGAGGGCUUUUAUUAGCGUGCUCUCGCUUGAAACCCCCACUUGGACAACCACCAUCAUGACGUUCUUCGUGCCAUCCACUUCACCUGUCUUCGAUGAAAAACAUAUUCAAGAGUCUGUCCCACCUCUCAAAAUGCACCCAACCAACCCAGUCGUCUCUAGCGCCGAGUUUGUCCUUGAACAAACAGACAUCGUCAAAAUCAACGACGAUGCGGUCAAAAAAGCCACACAAUACAUUUUGAAACAAGUCUCUUCCGAGCCUUAUACUCCGCGUACAUGGCGCACGCACCCCUUGCACAUCUGUCCGCCGGAGCCGUAUGACCCUGACGAUAUACUCACGGGUGCAUGUCUGAAUUGGAUAUUCCUCAUCUCUUCUUUAAAUUUCAGUUUUUGGUCGGAAAAGGAAGGCCAGCUGGAUCGGUACGGUAUUGAAUGGCGGACUAGCUGGGGUAGCGAGACAAUGACUGUGCACACCGGAUACUGGAGCCUAGUUGCUGCUCUGAAUCGAGCGUUAGAGGAGGGUAUACCCAUCAUCGAUCCCCAAUUUUAUUCCUCUGAGACGCUGUGCCCGGACUCGCUGAUUGCGCACGUAUUCCGCGCUGCACCCCAAUCGGCUGAAUCGAUGCCCCUGUUUAAUGAGCGUUUAGCGAUCAUGCGCGAAGUCGGUGCUAUAUUGUGCAACAAUGAAUUUGGAGGUUCAUACCUAGGGUUUUUACAAGCCUUCCAAACAAGAUACGACAAUCAGGGCACGGCGCUCGACCUCGUCCAAUUCGUCACAGAUUCGUUCCCGAGUUUUAGAGAUGACCGAAUGUUCAAUGGACGACGAGUAUAUUUCUGGAAACGGCCACAGAUCCUAGUAGCAGAGACCUGGGCAGCCUUCUACCCCGAAAAUCCUUACAUCCCACAUCCGAUCUUCCCCGGCCUGGACGGAGCACGCAUCAGCGCCCUAACGAUGUUCGCAGAUUACCGUGUCCCCCAGAUCCUGCACCACCUACGCAUCCUUGCCUAUCCCCCAUCGCUCAAACACGAGUUGUGCACCGGAAUGCCACUCGGAGCUGGAUCGAGAGAAGAGAUGAGCUUGCGCGCGGCGAGCAUCAUUGCUGUUGAACGUAUCCGGAGUGAGAUAAUGAGAUGUGGAUCGGAUUGGGAAGCCAGCUGUGUUUUGAUUGAUUUUUAUCUUUGGGAUUUGGCUAAGAAGUUGCAGGGUGGGAAAGGGUGUCUUGAGGGGAUCGAGACGGAAGGCAUUUUGCCUGUCCAUAGGACGAGGAGCAUUUGGUACUAGACUUAGGUUUCCUCGU